AUGGCCACCUUGAACCACCCCCCUCAAGUGGCUGGAAAUGGCCAAAAGAACUCAAAUGCGGCAAGUCCGAUACUGGAGCCCCUGCGGUAUCGGACCAGGAAGUCACUGUACCUUCUUUGCUUCUAUGUUGCUAUUCUGCUCGCUCCUUGGAUCAUGACUUGUGUCAUGAUGGUGCGCCCUCUGGACGCCGCCUCCUAUACUCGCCAGGGCUUUGGCCAGUCGGCGGCCGUGGUUCUGGAUAUCCUCGUCAGCCUGGAAAUCAUCCUCGUGCUUGAAAAGAUACAGGCUGUUCUCGCCAUCCCCAUCGUCUCCGGUUUUCUGGCCCAAGCUGCCGUCAUCUACACGCAGCGACGCUCGUCUAACCAGAAGCUGUCCCUACGACAGAUUGUUACUCUAGCCGAUCGUCCCUGGGCCAACGUGGUGUCAUGGCUUCGCUGUCUACCACUUCAUGGCAAUGGAUCCCCACUUGCCAUUCUUGGAGGGCUGUUCGUUCUGCUGGUAGCAGCCACCCCUGCCAUCCAAUCACUCUUAAUCAAGUACGAGGAUAUUAAUAUUGCCGCAUGCUGGGAGUCACCGGUUCGGACAUGCGAUCCAACGAAUAUUGCCACAAUCGUGGGUCUUGAUCCGGAACCUGCUGCUCUAGAGUAUAUGCCCCAGAGUCUUGCUGUCCAGCAAGUAGCCAAGAAGACGCAGCUGGUAAGCGAGCUCGACGUGCAACCUUACCUAUGGCCGGAGCAAUGGACAACAAUCAACGACGCUCAGGCUAUUGAGAGGGGAACAUUCUUCUGGUAUGACGAGAGUUUCCCUUCGGAUAAGUAUUUUGUAUCUGCGCUACAAAAUGGGACCAAUACCGGUGUCCUGCGCCAACAUGCCAUCCGGUUGAACUCAACGUCCGCCUGCGAGGCGGUGCAUCCCUCUGCCUUUCCGCAGACAUGUUCGGGUGACAGGCCUUUCGUGGCUAACUUGUCAGCACCUGAUGCUCUUGACAUCCGAAUCUGCGCGCCCGGCGCGUUCGGCCAAACGCCUUGGACUCGCAGUCGGGACCGCCAGGAUAUCUCAGAGGAGCUAUGGAUUGAUGUCGUUCAGCAAAUCACAGGUUGGAUUGUCGAACAAUCCAACUUUACGUUGAGAUGUACUACGAAUACUACUCGGGGGUACUUUGAAAUAAGCAACUAUAAGAAUGGCAAUAACCCGGGACCGCUUCUUGAGAAAUGGCCCAGUCCGGAGGUGCUGAAGCAGGAUUUCAAUGACUAUUUGGGAGCAGGUGCAGGUUAUGCCAUUCCGUCCGUCGUUGACAACGACACAGACUAUAGUCUCUUCGCCAUAAGCCCCCCACCAAUCGAUCCUUUCAACUACGAAGAGCUCUACGCAGCCGGGCCACUAAUGACCAGUGCAAUAGCUCUAUUCGGCAACCAAAGCUUCUUCAACGCCGCCAGCAACGCUACCACCAACAACACCACAAGAUCUGCACUAUUCUCCAUAUGCCGAUUCAACGCCCUUCCAUUCACUCGGCUCGGGGAAGUCGGCUUCAGCACCGCCGGAGAUAACUGCUAUGAUCUUUUGUCGGAAAUAGAUCGCUUCAGCGACGACUACUGGUACCAAUACCUGUUGUACACGAUAUACAACUGGGUUGUCGCGUUCAACGAUACUCAAUCAGCCGUUACAGCCCUGAGCAUGGCAACUUACUUUGCCAACGAAGCUGUGCUCACCAACAUAGCAACUCAAGGCUGGUCAGAUGGCUCACGACAGAUCAACUUUGACAGUGGUACCGUGAUAAUUAAACCUAAAUGGAGCUUAGCAGGGGUGAUAGUCAUAUCUACUCUCAUUGGUCUGCAGAUCUUGGGUCUAUGUCUGAUUGUGUUUUACUGUCGCUCGGUUCCCACCUGGACGGAUAGUCUCGAUGCUUUUGCGAUGCUCCGCAUGGGUGCGGAACUGCAGCGUGAAAAGCAUGUUCGCUUUGCGGGUAUCAGGGAUACGGAUGAGCAGGAUAUGGAGGACCUCGGUCGUAUUGACGGGCUCGUGGGCGUUGUUGAAAGUCGUGGACUGCGGGGAGGAGACGAAGCACAUAGUAUGAAGGACAGUUCGCCGUUGGUUUCUCAGUCGGAGGGGGAUCCCACCUCCUCGGGAAUCCCAUUGGCCGAGCUUCCGCCAUACUCCUCCACCGUCUCGAUUAAUACUCACAAUGAUGAAGCAAGUGAGGAACGAGAUGAAAGGGCAAAGAAAGAGGGUCUAGUGCCGCCGUUCCGUCUCGCAGUGGGUGCACCGGGCCUGAUUACAGAGAGUAUGGCGCCUAAGAAGACACGGAGGCGGAAGAAGACAGGCAUAGUGAUAACAGGUGCAAGUCAAGUGUGA